AUGGUGGACCCAUCUUUAUCUGGUUCUAUGGCUGUGGGCAAAGAUUCACCUAAUAAUCCAUCAUCUUCUGGACAAAAAUCACAAAAAGUACCAGUGCACAAAAUGGUGCGAACAGAUUCACAGGAUCCUGCUGGAAGGUUGCAUGCGUACUUGCAAAUUAACCCUUCUAGUCAGCUGCAAGGAAGUUCCUGCUUGACCUCUGUGAGGAGAAACCCUAGGGAAACUGCAGAUCUUUCUAGCAUUCAGGAACUUGUUGAAGAUAUUGAUUCCAAUUGCCACUCUGGGUUGCUGGAUCUUGUUGGGCACUGUACAUAUAUUGGGAUGGCAGAUGAUGUUUUUGCUCUGCUUCAGCACAAGACUCACCUUUAUCUUGCUAACGAGGUUAACUUGAGCAAAGAGCUUAUGUACCAGCAAGUUUUGCGGGGCUUUGCUCAUUUUAAUGCAAUUCAACUGAGCGACCCUGCUCCGUUGCGAGAAUUAUUAAUACUGGCACUGAAAGAGGAAGAUUUGGAUCCAGAAGCCAAUGAACAUGAGGGCCUAAAAGAAAAGAUUGCCGAAAUGAAUACAGAACUUCUCAAGCAGAAGACUGAGAUGCUGGAGGAGUAUUUUGGCAUUUGUAUUGAACCCAAUGGUAUUUUGUUGAGGAUUCCUGUCAUACUUGAUCAGUACACGCCAGACAUGGACCGUUUUCCAGAGUUUGUUCUUUGUUUGGGCAACGAUAUUGAUUGGGAUGACGAGAAGCAUUGUUUUCAAACAAUAGCUGCUGCCAUUGGGAACUUCUAUGCCAUGCAUCCUCCUUUGUUGCCUAAUCCAUCAGGUAAUGGCUUGCAGUGUUACAAGAGGAGGGUGCUUUCUCGCAGUCCUAGAGGAGGAAUAUUUUCAGAAACUGCUGAGAAUGCUAAGGACGAUGAAUACAACCAUGAACUACUUUUGGAGGCUGAAAAUACUUGGGCUCUGCGUGAAUGGUCAAUCCAACAUAUUUUGUUUCCAUCCAUGAGACUUUUUCUCAAGCCUCCAACCUCAAUGGUUACAAAUGGAACAUUUGUCCAGGUUGCUUCACUGGAGAAACUUUACAAGAUUUUUCAAAGAUGCUAA